AUGUGUCCAAUGUUUGAGUAUGGUCAUAUGGUUGCUGAGCAGCUCCCUCCUUAUAUCUUGUUUUCUCUCCUUCUUUGUAUUAUUAUUAUUAGUCUCUUCCUUUUUCUGAAUCCACAUCUUCCUUAUUUUCUACUUCUCCAUUCUAUUCACCAUCAUCUUUUUCCCAUUAUUAUUCACCUUUGUCUUAUCUUUCUUCUUUCUCUUCAUCUUUUACCUUUUCCAUUCUAUCAUCAGUUCCCAUUAAGUUUAUUAUUAUUAAUAUUAACCUCAGCUUUUUCAUUUUCUACUUCUCCAUCCUAUUCACCAUCAUCAUCUUCCCCCCAUUAUUAUUAUUAUUAUUAUUAUUACCUGUGCCUUUUCUGUCUUCUUUCUCCUCAUCAUCUUCAUUUUCCAUCCUAUUCACCAUCAUCAUUUCCUAUUAUGAUUAUUAUUAUUAUUAUUAUUAUUAUUAACCUCAUCUUUUUCGUUUUCUACCUCUCCAUCCUAUUUGUCAUCAUCUUCUUCAUCCCAUUAUUAUUAUUAUCCACAUCUGCCUUUUCCUCCUUCUUUAUCCUGAGCUUCUUCAUUUUUUACCCCUCCAUCCUAUUCACCAUCAUCCUCUUCUCCUUGGCAUUAUUAUUAUUAUUAUCAUUAUUCACCUCUGCCUUUUCCUUCUUCUUUAUCCUCAUCUUCAUUUUCUACUUCUCCAUCCUAUUCACCAUAAUCUUCUUCUUCCCAUUAUUAUUAUUAUUAUUAUUAUUAUUAUUAUUAUUCCCCUCUGCCUUUUCCUUCUUCUUUAUCCUCAUCUUCUUCAUUUUCUACUUCUCCAUCCUAUUCACCAUCAUCUUCUUCUUCCCAUUAUUAUUAUUAUUAUUAUUAUUCCCCUCUGCCUUUUCUUUCUUUCUUUAUCCUCAUCUUCUUCAUUUUCUUCUUCUCCAUCCUAUUCACCCUCAUCUUCUUCCUUUUAUUAUUAUUAUUCACCUCUGCCUUUUCCUUCUUUCUUAUCUUCAUCUUUUUCAUUUUCUUCUUCUCCAUCACAUUCACCAUCAUCAUCUUCUUCUUCCCAUUAUUAUCAUUAACAACAAUAGUUGUGACAUUCAGUUUUCUUUUUUCUUUCUCUCUACUUUCUUGCAAUUUUCUUUUACUUUCAUUUUCUUUCUAAUUUUUUAUUCUUUUUCUAUUUGCUUUUUUCAUUAUUUCUUUUCUUUUUCUUUCAAUUUUCUUUUCUUUUCUAAUAUUUUAUUCUUUUUUCAUUUUACUUUGUAUUUUCUUUCUAUUUACUCUUUUGCUUUUCUUUUGCUAUUUUCUUUCUUUCUCUUUCUUUCUCUUUCAUUUCUCUCUACAUUUUCUUUUUUCUUUCUUUCUUUUUUCCUUCUUUCUUUCUUUUUUCCUUUUUUCUUUUCUUUCUUUUUCCUUUCUUUUUUCCUCCUUUCUUUCUUUUUCCUUUCUUUCUUUUUUCCUCCUUUCUUUCUUUUUUCUUUCUUUCUUUCUUUUUUCUUUCUUUUUUCUUUCUUUCUUUCUUUUUUCUUUCUUUCUUUCUUUUUUCUUUCUUUCUUUUUUCUUUCUUUUUUUCUUUCUUUCUUUUUUGUUCUUUUGUUUUUCCUUCUGUUUCUUUCUUUCAGUUUUUAUUCAUUAUGCUUCUCUUCCUUUUAA